GUGUUUUUUUUAUUGUCGUUCUGGAAUUUUAGUAAAUUUUUUAAAAAAAACUUAAUUAAAAUUAUCACAAUCAUGGAAACAUCGACAGCUAAUCCAAAUAAUAAUUCGGCCGCAAUGUUGAAUAAUCAACGUCGUAUGCAAACAAUUGUGGAUAAUCUGAACAAGAUGCGUGCCGAACAACGUUCAUUGUCGCAAAAAGUUUCCGAACUUGAAUCCGAAGCCACUGAACAUCGACUUGUAAUUGAUGCAUUGAAAGAAGUGAAUAAAGAUCGUACCUGUUUUCGAUUAAUUGGCGGUAUACUUGUACAACAGACUGUUGAUAAUGUUUUACCGGAUUUGGAGAAAAAUUUCGAUAUGCUUAAAAAAACCAUUGGCACUUAUCGCGAAAAUGUCAAAACAAAAGGAACGGCCAUCAAUGAAUAUAUUCAACAACAUAAUCUAGGUCCAUUGAUACGUAAUGCUGCUGAUGGUGGUGGUGGUGUUGGUUCAUCAUCUGCUUCGGAAAAAUCGAAUGUUGCCACUGUAUCGGAUGAUGGUUCGGAUAAAUCAUCGAAUAAAACAAAAGAUUCGUCUAAAUCAUCAGUGUUGGUUGAAUGAAAAAAAUUUUUUUUUCUUAAUAAAAGAUGUAAAUAUUCAACAGUUUGAAAAACAACAAUUUUUGAAUGAUAAAAUUUCAAUAAAAAAUUUUCAAUAAGA